AAAUCAUUAACUUGUUGUUGAUCUCCAUCAGACAAGAGUAUCAAAGAUAGACCAAAAAAGAUAACCGUGAACUGAGCUCAAAAUGAGAGUUCCAGUAAAACUCCUCGGCUUCAUCUUUUGGUUGUUUUUCUUUAAUUGUGUUCAAAGUCAAGACUGUUUUCGUAAGGACAUCAAAUAUGAAAACACAGAACCACCUGCAAAAGCUUCAUACAGUGAUGGUGAAACAGUGAAACUGUACUGCAUGACAGGUUUUACUGGCGUGUAUAGAUUAAAGUGUGAAGAGGGAACAUGGAACACAAUCGUUGAGCGACAAUGUGCAAAGAAAAAAUGCAGUCACCCAGGAGACACACCAAAUGGUGAUUUUAAACUUACAGCAGGGUCGGAGUUUGUUUUAGGAGCAACAGUGUUGUAUACUUGCAAGAAAGGAUUUGAAAUGACAAGCGAAAUCAAUAAUCGUACCUGCAGAGCUCAAGGAUGGGAUAAUACUGUCCCUGUCUGUGAGGCUGUGAAAUGUCCAGCCAUUCGCACAGAUGCGUUUGUGACUGCAUCAGGCAACACAGAAGAGGCAAAUUAUGGUGAUGUUAUCCACUUUGAGUGUGUAUCUGCAGACAAAAAGAUAAAUGGAAGUAGUGACAUUAACUGCACAGAGACGGGCGAGUGGAGUGACUCUGUUCCAACAUGCAAAGAGAUAACAUGCAUAGCACCUGUUAUAUCAAAUGGUUUUGUUGUUGAGCCAGUGCAAGAAUACCAGAGAGAUGCCAUGUUAAAAUAUGGAUGUUCACCAGGGUUCAAGGCUAGAGAGGGAAUCCCCAGAUGUGCUAAAUUUGGCUGGACUCUGAACCCAGAAUGUUAUGGGCAGAACCAGAUUCACAAAGGCAGGUGCCUCUGUCCUCAUGGAGUGAGUGUGGUUUUAGUGAAGAACAUUGAGAAGGUUGAAAUCAUCCCUCCAAGUCCAUUUUGUGGAAAACAAGAGAUUAUUGUCACUCUGAAGAAUGGUGCAAGGGUAUGCAUGAAUCCAGAGUCAAAAUUCACUCAAAAUAUCAUAAAGGCUCUUGAGAAGAGGAGCCAGCAGUCUGACACCUGACAUCAACAUCAUCAGCACCAACAUCCUUCAAAUGACUUCAUUGUUGGAGUUCAAUGAAAAAAUAAACAACUAAAAAUAUUUAAAACAUUUCCUAUUGCAUAUAAUGAUUAAAUUAUUAUUAUUAUUAAUCUGAGCGCUGGGUUGUAAAAAGCCUUUUUUUCCCACAAUCAUAUUUUCAUAAGACCACUGAACAAUGUGUCAUAUGUACAGUCUUUUUGUAAUUUGAUGUAUGAUUUUAUUUUCAUUGUCCACAAAGAAGUGUCAAAUAAAGCUUUUUUUAUGAAUUACA